UGACACAAAAAUAAAAUAAAAUCACUCUAUCAAUAUUGAAGUAUAUGGCUGAUAAUAACUCACUGGUUGGUGGUCAGUCUUUAAUGCGAAAGAUCAAUUACCGAGUCAUUUUAGUUCAGGUUUUGGUCAUGAUGUUUCUUUCUAUCAACUUUUUGCUGAUCAUUACCUUUUUUAUGAAGCAUUUCUUCUACACAACCAUGCGCUACAUCUUAUUUGCUACUACUUUACUGUCUGAUUGUCUGAUUUUAAUUGUGACAAAUAUCUUGCUGAUCUUGAACUAUUUUCCUUUUAUCAUACCGACAUGGUUGUGUGUCAUUAUGUGUAUUAUAUUAUCUCUGUACAAUUUUGUCACACCAGUUACUCUGACAGCAAUGACUCUGGAGCGAUAUGUUGCCAUUUGCAUGCCCCUGCAGCAUGCAGAGCUGUGCUCCACACGCAGAACUCUGCACUGCAUCCUCAUGAUUUACGGCCUCAGCUCUAUACCCUGUAUUAUAAAUUUCUCCAUCUUCUUUGCAUCUGCUACUAACAACUUCUUCACCCAGGACAGAAUAUGCUCUGUGGAAAUAUUCAUCUUGCAGAGAUGGCAAGGUCAUGUUAGGUCAGCAGUAAGCCAGUUCUACUUCUUGAUCAUGUGCAUCACCAUUGUUUACUCGUAUAUUAAAAUAAUGAAAGUGGCCAAAGCUGCAUCAGGAGAGAAUAAAACAUCAACAUGGAAAGGGCUCAGGACAGUGAUUCUUCAUGCUUUUCAGCUGCUCUUGUGUCUCAUCCAGCUGUGGUGCCCUUUAAUAGAAUCUGCUGUGCUUCAGAUAAAUUUCAUGUUGUUCAUUAAUGUCAGAUACUUUAAUUACAUUACUUUUAAUCUUGCUCCGAGAUGUCUGAGUCCUCUCAUUUAUGGCCUCAGAGAUGAAAUGUUUUUUCAUGCACUGAAAUAUUAUGCUGUCUGUGGAUUGUACAAAUCUCAUUUGAUAAAUUAA